GCUAUGCCUGCUAAUUUCUGUUCUGUGAAUUCAUUUGAAAUUGGUUAUAGGUUUAAAAAUUUUGGUGGAUUUGUGGAUUAUAUUUUUGGUGUUUGUUAUAAUCGAUAAUACAAUAUGACUAGGCAAAGAAGAAAGAAGAUGCACUAUGGGGAUACCCAUCUCAAGAGAGGAUGGAGAACUAAAAAGAGGACCAAAGGUUUGGACGAGAUCAAUGAGGACAUCAAGAGUACAGAACGAUUUGGAAAACUAAUUAACCAAGCAGUAGAUUAUGAUAAGACAGGCGCUGCUCAACAUUACUGUGUUCAUUGUGCCAGAUAUUUUAUUCAUCAAAAUGCUUUGCAAGAUCACUUCAGAACGAAAACUCAUAAACGAAGAUUAAAAGCUUUGGAACUUGAACCGUAUACUAUUGAAGACUCUCUAAGAGCAGCAGGUUUUGGUGAUUGGGUGGAUCCUAAAAAAAGAAAAAUUGAAACUCAAAAACCUUUGAAGCCAGAGGAUAUUAAUAAGCCUAUUGAGGAGAACAAUAAGCCUAUUGAGGGGAACAUGAUAAUAGAUAGUGAUUAAUGUCAUAACCAUGUAUACAAUUUCAAAACUAUUAUUUGCUAAUGCUACUUUUUACCAUGUUAGAAGAAAUAUUAAAUCGGCUCUUUAUAUAACUGGAGAAAAAGCCCAACAUAUGUUUGUUGCAGUUCACCCGGAAAUUGAUUGUUCUAAAAUAUUUAGAGAAGACGAAUUAUCUCUGAAUCUCCAAAAAAGAGGUAUAAAUAUCAACCUUGAAAAACUCAAGAAACGUUUCUUCUUUUUUAAAACUGUAGAAGAGAAAAAAAUCAUUCUUGAAGAAACAAGAGAUGAAUUAAAUACUUUGUAUAAUAAUCUCACCAAAAAUCCAACAAAUACAGACAAAAUAAAUCAAUUAAAACUUCAUAAGUUUGUGGUUAAAGAAGAACUUAAGAGUUUGAAAGAAUUUCUCACAGGUCUACAAGAAAAUGUGAUGUUAUCAAUCUUAAACUUACCUAAUGAUUUACAUGAGUCAACACCAGAAACAGACGAAGUCCAUUAUCAAUACCUGGAAAAACCAAAUUAUAUGUCACAAAAUCAUAUAGACAUUGCCAUAAAAUUGGAUUUAAUAAAACUUGUUGAAGGAUGGGGUUGUUUUUUCAAGUCUGAAGCUUCUCGUUUUGAAUCAGCAAUUUCUAAUUAUUUUGUACAUAGACUUAUUGAUGCACAAUUCAUUCCAUUUCAAAAUGCUGAUUUUACUCGAAGUGUUAUUGUUGAAGGUUGUGGAACAAAUGUUAUUGGUAAUAAUGAGAUUCUAACUAUUCAUGAGUUAAACAAAAAAAAUGAGGUGGUACAGGAAUUGUGUCGUCUUCAUCUGACUGGUUCCGCAUCUACUUAUGCCUUCAUGGCAUAUUUUGCAAAACACGUUGUUCCUUAUUCUAUAUUUCCACUUAAAUAUUUUUGUUAUGGCAGAUCAUACAAUGGAAAUAUUAGGACUAAUGAUAAUCUCUUCAAUCUAAAUCAGGAAUCUGUAUUGAAUGUUUUCUUAGCGAUUGUUGAGGAUGAUGCUUGGCAAGAAUUUCAGAAUCUGACACAGCUUAUUAUUGAGCUGUAUGAUAGUUUGGGAUGGCAUUAUCGAUUGGUUUAUUUGCAGCCAGAUAAAUUGAAAAAGAAUGAAAGUUUACGAUUAUCAAUUCAAAUGUUUUCCACAUCUUCUCAAGAAUAUGUUGAAGUUGGUUAUGUAUCGUAUUAUGGCAAGUACAUAAGUGAAAGGUUAUUAUUUAGUUGUUCCAAUAAAACCGAAACUUUAUAUCCGAAAAUUAUUAGCGGUAAUAUUUUAAAUGUGCCUAAACUUUUAGGGUGUAUACUAGAAAAUGAUCAAACACCUGAUAAGAAACUGUUGAAUAAACUUUUAUGUCAGUACUUGCCAUAAUAUUUUGAUUAUAUAUUUUGUUGGUUUAUCUCUUUUAAUGUAAAUGGUUUAGAAUUAAUCUUAUUUUAUUUAAGAAAUAAAAAUUUUCACAAUGA